CCGGUUUGAUCCGGCAGCUAAAAUUUAGCACUGUAUUUUGACGCUAAUUAAAAUGGGCAAACAUGAACUAACUUCAAAACUAAUUGUAUGAGCUAGCGGUGAUUAAUUGGAGACAAGCUAAUCAGCUCUUGAUUAGCCCAUAUUUACUAUAGCACCAUAUGAACUAAUCGUGGUCUAACUCGCCAAUUAAAAUUAAAAGUAAUCUACAUUUGGUCCUUUUAAUUAGUAUCUAAAAAUAGUGCUAAUAUGUAGUAGAUGAGAAACUAGAGGAGUGUCACAUCCUCAGCUUCCGGUGAAUCUCAGUCUGAUCUACUCCUCUACUAGUAGAGCGUUUUGUUCCGUCUACACCUCUCAGCGUAAAGCUCUCUUGCGGGCUGUGGCUUGUGGCUGGCUGACUGGCUGACUGCUGGUGCUGCCGUCCCCUUCCGCCUCCUCCUCCCCCGUCCACCACGCCACGCACUCCAAAACCCAUAAAUAAAAGGCGCGAGGCUACAGCCUGCAGGCCGCCAUAAACACACCACCGCUCUCGUGGGCUGCCGCUGCCGCUGCUCCCCUGAUGGACGCCCUCCCGCCGCCGGCCGCCGGCGACCCGUUCGCGGCCACACUCCCGCCCUCAUUGCCGUCGCCGCCGCCCUCGUCUUCGUCGUCGUCGUCGUUCAACCUCUCCCCCUCGCUGCUCAUCAUCGCCGCGCUGCUCGCGUUCGUCGUCUUCGCCUCCGUCUCGAUCCACUUCCUCCUCCGCUGCCUCUCCCGCUCAUCGUCGUCGUCGCAUCGGGGCCCGAGCCCGCUCCCGACGACCAGGGCCCGCCGCGCGUCGGAGGAGGAGUCCUCGGCGGCGGCGGCGGCGGCGGAGGUGGGGUCCACGAGGAGGAGCGCAGCGGCGGUGGGGCCGGAGGAGGCGCAGGCCGCGGAGGAGGUGGACGACGAGAAGGAGCGUCUGAUCGCGUCGCUGCCGCUGUUCACCAUGGCGUCGGCGCUGGCGGCGCUUCCCAAGAGCUCCCCGGACUGCGCGGUCUGCCUCUCGCCCUUCUCCCCCGACGCUGAGCUGCGGCUGCUCCCGGCGUGCAGGCACGCGUUCCACGCCGCCUGCGUCGACGCCUGGCUGCGCACCACGCCGUCGUGCCCGCUCUGCCGCGCCGCCGUCUCGCUCCCGCACCCGCCGCUCCCCACGGCGCCGCCACCGCCGCCGCAGCCCGCCGCGGGGCCCGCCGCGCAGCAGGAGCCGCUCGACUCGCGGGUCAGCAGCAACUCGAGGAGUUUCCGCGUCGAGAUCGGUAGCGUGAGCAACCGCCGCUCCUCCGCCGCGGGCGACGACCGUCGCACCUACUCGCUCGGCUCCUUCGACUACCGCGUCGACGAGGAGGUGGAGGCCGUCGUGUCCCGCAUCACCCGCCCCGCGGUGUCGGCGGCGGCCAAGUCGGCCACCCACCAGGCCGCGGCGCCGGCGACGCCCGGCGAGGCGCUGGCGGAGGCGGCCGGGUCCCGCGGGUGGCUGCGCGAGUACGUGGACCGCCUCGCGUCCUCGGCCUCCUCCCUCUCCGGGCGGUGGAGCGCUCGGUGGAGCCAGGGGCACCACAGCGCGCGGUGGAGCCAGGGCCAGGGACACCACAGCCGCAGCCAGAGCCAGAGCCAGAGCUACCGGCAGGAAGACUCGUGGCGGUGGGACCCGGAGGCAGCGACGGGCGCCGCGAUGCACCGCGCGCCCGACGAGGAGGAGCCGGCGUUCGUGGCCCUGUACCGUUGGAUCGUCGGGGUAUAGCCAGGAAGCUGUAAUUACUGGAUCGCACGAGGGUGUUUUUGUGAACUCCUUCCAUGUUCAAUUUUUUUUUAUUUUACUUAGGACCCCCAUUCCAUUGUAAAAACACAAGAAACAAGCAGCAGGGUCUGCAGAGACCUGAGGUGAGUUUAGCGUCUCCGAAGCUUCUCUUUGAAAUUGAGCGAUUUUUGUUCU